CCCGUCAUCAUCACCAUCAUAGAAGGCAUAAACCGGUUGAGGAAGUGAGCAUCUCCACCCAUAAAGGCUAAGUCUAGGUCAUGGGCAAGCAAUGGCUGCUACUACUAUUCACGUGCAAAUACUACUCACUCGGCUUUAAGUAUCCACUACCCUCACCACGUUUCCUACUCUCCACUCACAACUUACACAUACAUCCGCCUAAAAAACUCACAAUGGCCCUCAUUCUCUCUCUAUAUGCUUGCGUUUGCUUGAUGGGUUUGUGUUUGAUAAUGGGUUUUGGGGUUUGUUUUUGGGUUUCAUGCAGAAGAACAAUAACAAUGGCGUCGAGAACAAGAACAAGAACAACGACACCAUCAACAACGACGGGGGUGAGAAGAAGGAGGACGGCUCCAUCGCAGGGCACUUGAUGCGUUUGAACCUGUCAGGGUGUAUGUGGUUGUCAAAGAUCGAAGGUGAGGUUAUAAACUCCAUCAAUCGUUUAUGUGACGGCGUCGUUUCUACUAUGAUGAAUACAUGGGUAACGUGGACAGAGUGCUUUUAUGCACUCAUGAAUCGGCUGGAGCACUUUUUGAAAGCGGGGCGUCCAAUAGACCCGCAGAAAUUGAUUAAGCGUUUUGAGAAGUUGAAGUGGUCUAUUAUGGUAAUUGUGCCACCAAAGAAGAAAAAUGGAGGCAACGACGGCAACCGCGGCAACAAUGACGGCAAUGACGGCAAUGACGGCAAUGGUGGUGUCGGUGGAGAUGAGAAGAAAAAGAAGGAAGACAAGGGCAAUGGUGGUGGCAAAAUGAAUUAUCCAGCGGGUCAGUCCCGGUCUGGACAACGUUCAUAUGGAAAGGUAUCCCGUCAUCCAAGACCAAGUCAAGCUGGAGUCCUAGAAUGUAGAAGUUGUGGUUUAGUCUGUUCACCACGUUCAAAUUUGCUUCCAUUGCUUAAGUUAUAUAUAAGAGAGGAAAACUGCAGUAUUCUUGCACUGAGAAAAUACUUUUGUUCAAGCAUCCUUUUACGUUUAAGUUAAUCCCAGUUUUCAACAUCUGGUAUCAGAGCCCCUUCUGGGCCUGAACAACCUUGAGGAAAAGGGUGAAAGAUUGUGUGUCUUGCAGCAGGAAGAAACAAUGGCAAAGUCACUGAGAGUUUUGUUCAACCAGCGAUUCCACGGUUUAAUGGUCACUACGAUCAUUGGAGCAUGCUGAUGGAAAAUUUUCUCAGCUCAAAGGAGUACUGGAAUCUUGUGGAAUCAGGAAUUGACGCCCCAGUAGAGGGAGUUGUGUUGACUGAACAACAACAAAAGAGGGUUGCUGAACAGAAGCUGAAGGACUUGAAGGUGAAAAACUACCGCGGCAACAAUGACGGCAGCAAUGGUGGUUGCGGUGGAGAUGAGAAGAAAAAGAAGGAAGACGAGGGCAAUGGUGGUGGCAAAAUGAAGUAUCCAGCGGUUCACUCCGGGUUUGGACAAUUUCAUAUGGAAAGAUAUACCGUCAUGGAUAUGGUUAUCAAAAUGGGGCACUCAAAACGUGGAAAAUAAUGUUGUUACGGUGUGUGAGGUCUUUGGUUUACUAGUGAUGUACAACCACUUGGCCAAGGACAUUUACACUACUGCACCACAUCAUUUACUCUACAUUUGAAUAGGGUCAAAAGUCUGAAUUAUUUUUUAUUUAUUUAUUUUCUAUGUGGUUUUAUUGUUGUUCAAUAUUCUAGUAUUAUAGUUGAGGUCAAAGUUACAUAUAAAAGUCAAAGCAAGCAUUGUGUUGUAUGGUUCCAAUUUUCAAUCCUAUGAGACAUGGGAUUUUUAGGACAUG